AUGGUGGUGAUUGUGAUGGUGGCAGUGGCGUUGUUGGUGGUGGCGGUGGCGACAAUGAUGAUGUUGAUGUUAGUAACCGUCAUAGGUGGUGGCGAUGACAACGGUGACAGUGGGGGUGGGGGCGAACACAUUAAUUAUGCAGGUAAUAAUGGUAGUAGGGGCCACGAUGGUGAUGGCAGUUAUGGAAGUGGUGGCGGUUGUGGCUGUGGUGGUGGCAAUUGUGGCUGUGGUGACAGAGGUGGCGUUUUCAUUGUGGUGACAGCAGUAACAAGGGGAGGCGGUGGUGAUGGCAGUUAUGGAAGUGGUGGCAGUUAUGGUUAUGGUGGUGGCAGCAGCGACAACAAUGAUAGUGGUGGAGGUUGUUGUGGUGGUUGUGGUUACAGAGGUGGUGUUUAUGGUUAUAGUGGUGGUUGUGCCAAUAGUGAGGUUUGGUGGUUAAGGUACAUAGGUAAUAAUGGUGGUAAGGGCGGCGAUGGUGAUGACAGUUAUAGAAGUGGUGGCAGUUGUGGUUAUGGUGGUGGCAAUAGCGACAACAAUGACGGUGGUGGAGGUUGUUGUGGUGACAGUGGUGGCGUUUGUGGUUGUGGUGUUGCUAAUAGUGAGGUUUAG